AUGCCGGUAGCAACUCGUUCCAGCUCAGCUAGUCCAGUCAAGAAACCUUUUGAAGACACUGCAGCAGCCACCACCAAUCUACAACGAGAACCCUUGAAACAUUUCAUCCUCCCGAGAGAUAUAUCCGACCAAGCACGCUUUCUUCUCUUGCGACAUCCCCGCGAUGGGAGCGCACAAAGAUUUCUGUUCUGUCCCGAUAAGGGUCUGUUCCACUUCAGCAGGAUCAGCGCGCCCACGAUGGAUCCUCGAAGCCUUCUUUUCAUUGCAUGCCAUCCCGAACCCCUCCAAACUCACUUGGGAGGAUUACAAGAUGAGAGUCAAGGAGGAUUGUCAUUGAGCAAGGGCUACAUAAGCAUGAGUGCAGACUUCUAUAUGGCAGCGCCAUUCGACCUGGUCUUUAUCCUUGUCCCUCUUGUUUUGCCGGGAAGGGCAGCCGGCGGGAAGGCUUUGUUUCAGCCGAUCGAUGAUCUCCUGGAGCAGCAAACACAGGAUGAUAAAGAGCUACGAUACCUCUUAGAACAUGGACGAACCAUGGUUGAGAACGCCAUGUUAAUGCUUUGCGAUACUAUUGAGGCAGGGGGCCAGCAGAUGUAUAGGCCUAGCGAAGAGAAGACAUUACGCGUCAUCAUUCAGAAAGUGGACAACGCCAUAAACCGAGGUUUGCCAGCGAGCUUGCAGGAAAAGUUUGUGACAAGAGUAUUGGAAGCACCCAUACUCAGUGUCAAGCGGGAGGAGAUGCUCGGAUCGACUCAGACAGGCCCACUACCAGUGGAUGAAGACGAUUUCGCACUUGACAAUCUGGACUCGCAAUCUUCGGCCGCAAGCACGGCUCAAUCUGCCAUCUUCUCCGAAGUUUCCACGACGAAUUCGAUUAGCUCUGUCGACCCCGAGCCAGUGUCCAAGGAGCUGUUCGAGCUACAGAAAAAGCGGGUUGUCUUGGAUUUCAUCCUCGCCUCCUACCUGCCAGGUCCAAUCGCAGAGCGUCUGAGAGCUCGGUUUGCUGCUCAAGAUUCUGUGAUCAAUUUCGCGCCCUUAGAAGACCAUCUCAGAUCCUUGACUACUCUCAAAGCUGAAGCACUGGCAUCAAGAUCGAUGAUGGAUUUCAGCAGGAAGCGGGGACUGGAAGAUGACGAAGCUGCUGAGUCGAGAGCGGAGAAGAAGCGGAAACAGGAGGAGGAAGAAAGGAAGAAGAAGUUGGGAGAGUCAAGAGGAGUUCGCGAACUGAAAAAGGUCAACGUAUCGGGAAUGAAGAAGAUGAGUGACUUCUUUGCGAAGAAACCUACCACGACCGUGCCUUGA